UCAGAGGGACUCCCAGCUCCAGCUCGCCCUACUCUGCAAUCCCCGCUCUGGAAGCCAUCAUGUCUUGCCGCUCCUACCGAGUCAGCUCUGGGUGCCGCAUGGGCAACUUCAGCUCUUGCUCCACAGUGAUCCCCCAGAACCUGAACCGCUUCCGGACAAGCUCUGUCUCCUGCAGGAGUGGGCCCAGCUUCCGGGGCCUUGGCAGCUUUGGUAGUCGGAGCGUCAUCGCUUUUGGAUCGUGCUCACCCCGGAUAGCAGCUGUAGGCCCUCGUCCCAUCCGCUGUGGCGUUGGCUUUGGUGCUGGCAGUGGGAUGGCCUUUGGCUUUGGUGAUGGCAGUGGUGCUGGUAUGGGCUUCGGGGCCAGCAGUUGUGUUGGCCUGGGAUUUGGAGCCGGCAGUGGCCUUGGCUAUGGCUUUGGCUACAGAGUUGGAGGAGGUGGAAUCCCAGCAGCCCCAUCUAUCACAGCAGUGACCGUUAACCAGAGCCUGCUGACCCCCCUCAACCUGGAGAUUGAUCCAAAUGCCCAGAGGGUGAAGAAGGAUGAGAAGGAACAAAUCAAGACCCUCAACAACAAAUUUGCCUCCUUCAUUGACAAGGUGCGGUUCCUGGAACAGCAGAAUAAGCUCCUAGAGACCAAGUGGAACUUCCUCCAAGAGCAGAAAUGUGCCAGGAGCAACCUGGAGCCCCUCUUCGAGAAUUAUAUCACCAACCUGCGGAGGCAGCUGGACGUAGCAAACAGUGACCGGGCUCGGUUUGAGGCUGAAAGGAACCACAUGCAGGAUGUCCUUGAGGGUUUCAAGAAGAAGUACGAAGAGGAGGUGGGAUUCCGGGCCAACGCUGAGAAUGAGUUUGUGGCUCUGAAGAAGGAUGUGGAUACAGCUUUCUUAAAUAAGUCUGACCUAGAGGCCAACGUGGACACCCUAACUCAGGAAAUUGACUUUCUGAAAACUCUAUACAUGGCGGAAAUCCAGUUGCUGCAGUCACACAUCUCAGAGACAUCAGUCAUCGUGAAGAUGGACAACAGCCGGGACCUGAACGUUGAUGGAAUCAUCGAUGAAGUCAAGGCCCAGUAUGAAGAGGUCGCCAGGCGCAGUCGGGCUGAUGCUGAAGCCUGGUACCAGACCAAGUAUGAGGAGAUGCGGGUGACAGCUAGCCAACAUUGUGACAACCUGCGCAACACACGGGAUGAGAUCAAUGAGCUGACCCGCCUGAUCCAGAGACUGAAAGCGGAGAUCGAGCACGCCAAGUCUCAGCGGGCCAAGCUGGAGGCUGCAGUGGCCGAGGCGGAGCAGCAGGGCGAGGCGGCCCUCACCGAUGCCAAGUGCAAGCUGGCCGAGCUGGAGGGCGCCCUGCAGCAGGCCAAGCAGGACAUGGCCCGGCAGCUGCGCGAGUACCAGGAGCUCAUGAACGUCAAGCUGGCCCUGGACAUCGAGAUCGCCACCUACAGGCGCCUGCUGGAGGGCGAGGAGAUCCGGAUCUGCGAAGGUGUUGGGCCAGUCAACAUAUCCGUGAGCAGCUCCCGGGGCGGGACGGUGUGCGGGCCCGACGCCCUGGCCGCCAGCGCCGCCCUGUCCCGCAGCGCAGUCACCUGCCCAUCCGGCAGCGGCAUCCGCUCCGUCAGCACCUGCGCCUCCAGCCUGGGGGGAGCCCGAGUCAUCAAGGCCAGCGGGGACCUGCUGAGCGCCGGAUCCCGGGGAGGCUCGGUGCUGGGGGGUGAGGCCUGCGCCCCCAGCGUCCCCUGCCCACUGCCCCCCGACGGGGCCUUCAGCAGCUGCAGCGGGGGCCGAGGCAGCCGCAGCUCCAGCGUCCGCUUUGUGUCCACCACCACCUGCCAUCGCACCAAGUACUAGAGGCCACGCCAGCCAGCCACUGCCCGAGAAGAGCCACCUCAAAGUCACCUGCUUCUGUCCCAGAGGUGUCUAGACUCUGGGCCCGAGGGAGCUCCAGCUAUCCCUCCUGCCAGGCAGGCAACGCCGCUCUCCUCAAGGAUUGAUCUGCCAGGCCCUGGCCUCGGGGGCAUUUUUCCACCACCCGGAUGCUCCGUCUGCAGCCCCAGUAGACUGGCCUCUCCCUGACUCCCCAUUUCCACUCUUCGGAUCACUCUUUACCUUUCAGUCCCGAAGAAAGGCUCAUUCUACACAGUUCCACAAAUCAGGGCCCUGGGGAGAAAAUGAACAGUCCAAAGCCAAAAAGAAUGUGCUAGGCACCAUCGCCAUCCCGGGCUUUGGAUUAAUUUGGAGAAUGGAGAGUUGGCUGUCCACACUGCGGGCGUCUUUAGCCCACUGCCCUUUGCCUCCUCCUUCCUUCCCCUGGCAGGAGAAGGUUCUUUCCUUCUCUUCCUCACCCGAAAGGAUCCACAGUCCUUGGUGGCCCAAGGGAUCCCUAAGUCCCCUGAGAUGGUUCUUCUCCAAGUGGCAAACGUCCCAGCAGCUUCUCUUCCUGCGUUGUUGGUUUAAUGUGCAUGUGAGCGCACGUGGUGGGUGGGUGCAGAUGGAGAGGUGGGCUCUGCUAUGCUGCAUGCCCCUGCCCCUGUUGGUGGUGUGAGGGAGGCCCAACCCCCGUGUGCUGCAGGAGGGUUUAUGUCUGCAACUCCAGGGGGGUCUGGGGU